AUGGUGACGGAGGGAAGAGGAAGGGACGGGGAUGGGAGGGGAAGGCCAAUGGGAGACUACUGCGCCAUCGCUGUCAUCGUCAAGGAUAAGAGGAAGAUGAGAUGGGGAAGUUUCUGUGCUUGCGGUGCUGUGCUCUUGUUCGCCUGCACUGUCUGGGUGGCAAGUGAGGGUAAGGGAAGUAUCAACGCUGGUUUCCAAGGCGAUGCUCUCCUGGGUACAGUUGAGGGUGAUAGCUUGAGAAAUCGGGCAAAGAUUGUUGCCAAGAAGCUUUAUGAAGCUGAACUCGACCUUGCAAAGGUAUGGCUCUUGUUGGAAAGAGGCUGGGAACAACAGUUCAGGCUGAGUCUGUACCAGGACGGCUUCCGGUCUCAACAGAAGCUUGCAAAGCUACGGGCACUGCAGAAAACAGCCGUACAUCUAGCUGCAGAGCUUCGAGCUCAAAGAGACUCUGGUGAAUUGAAACUUGGACGGAAGCAAAUGCUGGCAAGCACAUCGCUGAUGGGGCUUAGCUCUCAUCCAACGGUGCCUGUCAAGGAGAUUCUUCGACUGCAGGACCUGGGUUCUCUCGUGGAAGAAAUUCAAAAGAGCGGGCAGCAGGGCACAGGGGCGGCUCAGGCAAACCCGAUUAACAUCAACAUUUACCUUCCGCAGUACCCUGGCUCCCCGCCUGCUGGGAGCGCGGCAGUAAGCCAAGAACCGGCGGCAGAAGAUGAACUUCAGAAGCAAAACAAGCAGAUCCAAGGGAUCCUCGCAUCGAUGCAGCACAAAGCUUCAGACACUGCCGUGCUUCAUCAAGCGCGAGUCCAGCAGGAGAUCAAAAGAGCUGUGCAGGCUGAGUCACAGGAUCUAGGCGUUGCAAAUCCACUGAAAUCUUCUGAGCUCCGGCAGCAACGGGUUCGGAAACCUGCUGGCACAGCCAAGGCGGCCAGGGAUGACGCACUGAUCCGAAAGAUGAAGAUGGACGGGAUGAUCCUAGAGCCCGGAAGAGUUCAAUCCCUCUCGUCAGUUCCGACCAAGCAUCAAGUCGUCUCUCCUCAUGCCCAGCUCGCCGACUCAGCUUCUCCUCUCUCGCUGUCAGCAAGACCAGCAACCAGCACACAGAAGGGCACGAAUGACGAGCGGCUGCUGUCUCUCGCUAUGAGCCCGCUCUCGAGCACUCCCACCGUCUCCCUUUCGGAGCUCAGACGAAGUGCAAGAGACGAGUACCGCAGCCUGCUACAUGCAGCUGGGGACGCAGAGAAAAUGAAGAUAACAGGGAGUUUGGGCGACCUGCUCCCCGACUCCAUCAUGAACGCUGAGAAGAGGAGGAACGUGAUUUUUGAGAUGAACAAUCCCUACGCAAAGGCCAAGAGUGACGUGGGUGGGGUUUAUCACGUUUGGGGCUCAAAUCACAGAGCACGAGACAAGGCGGAGCCGAGUGUGAAGGACGUGGUCGAAUCGAACAAUCGGAUGCUUGCGGGACUGGAGGAAGCUGCGCGUGUGAACCAGGUGAAGAAGGUGCGAGGGGAUGGAUGGAAUGAGCUUGAGGCAAAGCACAAGAACCCCGAUUCUUUUAACGUUUUCGACUCCCCCGACUCAACGAAAGCGACACACGAGAAAAAAGGAGAUCAGCCAGUGGUUUCUAAGCUCGCUAGCUGGCAGGAAGAGCUGAAGAAGAGAGAAUCGGGCUCCCGAGCCGCCGGCCUCUCCCUCGGAUCUCUUGAUGACUUCUAA